AUGGAUGACCCUCGUGGAAACCGUCGUGCCCACGACAGUAAAGCGGGGCCGGCGUGGCCCUGCCUGCCGCCUGCAGCUCAGCCCAGAGAGCGGGGGCUGCCUGCCGUCCUAAACCCGCGGGCUCAUCCGGGAUGGCUGCGGGCCCCUCCAACCUCCCUUCCCCCUCCUCCCCCGCAGCCGGGGGAGGGACUGGGCGCGGGCCCGGCAGCUCUGGCAGGAUGUAUCACUUUCGCUUUGCCGAGGACAAGGCCGGGCAGCGGCGGCAUGGCUCAGGGACUCCUUCCCCUGCUCCUCGUGUCUGUUUUAAUUACUGAAACGCAGUGCAAAAAUUAUACUGAAGCUGUAACACGUGUGGCACACAAUAAAUUAAUUAAAAGGAGGAUCAUUGCUAAAAGGGAGAUAAAGUGUAACCUGGAUGAAUACAAUUCAGGUGUCAAGUGUUGCAAGAAAUGUGAACCUGGUUUUGUUAAAAAUAUUGACUGCCCAACAAAUAUUAGCAAGCACUGUGUUCCCUGUGAAAAUGGAAAGGAAUACAUAAAUCACGUCAAUGAUUUGGAAAAGUGUUUGCGAUGCACUUCAUGUGACAGGACAUUUGGUUUGGAGGUUGCAAAGAACUGUACCCCAGUACAGAAUACAGAAUGCGUCUGUGCAAAAAACUAUUUUUGCAAUUCUUCUUUACCAUGUACACACUGUGAUGCCUGUACCAUAUGUGAAAGUGGAAUGAUUGAAAAACAGUGUACUCCAAGUUCAGACACUGUGUGCAGAAGCAAAGGAAAGCCAUUGUGGAUCAUUGGUCCUAUAAUCAUGUUAUUAGCAAUAGCUGGGAUAUUCUGGUACUGGAGGAAACGUAAGAGUCGUACUAGCAAGCAGAACCAAAAUGAAGUAGUCCCCAGAGAAACUCCUUAUACAGAGUUUGAGUCUUUAAACAGCAAAGAUGUUGACCUGAGUAGCCAUGUGGCUUGUAUUGUGGGAGAGAUGACACUCCAAGAAAUCAAGAUAUUCGUUCGUCACCAUGGAGUAUCAGAACCUGUAAUAGAUCAAACUGUUCAGGACUAUAUAAAUGAUUCGUAUGAACUGAAGGUUAAGCUAUUUCAAGUGUGGUAUCAAGAGCACGGGAUAAAAGGAGCCUAUCGAACGCUAAUACGCAGCCUGAGAGAGUUGAAAAUGUGCGCUGCAGCUGAUAAAAUUGAGGAUAAACUAAAGCCAAUUCUUUCCAAGUGUCAAGAAGGGGGACAGCCUGAUAGUGAUGAUGCUGAACAAAGCAAAACCUAUGCUCAGGAAAGUACAAACUCCUAUAAUGAUAAUGCUGAACAAAGUAAAACCUACUCUAAUAGUUUGGAAGAGACACAGCACGUAAACAUUUGAAAUAUAUUUCUGACUGAAUUUGUAUUUUUUAAUAAAAUAAAUAACAAAGCU